AUGGAAGAAGAGGGGCAAACUAAUCCGCACUCUAGCACAGUGGCGGCGGAAGCAAAGUUUGGCUCAGCACGGGAGCCAUCGCACCAACUGGGACCCGAAGAAGCAGCAGAGAUGUCAUCUCACCGGCGGCUAUCGACUGCCUCGAGUGAGAACCCUUCCGCUGUCAAUUUAAAAAGCAGCAUCUCCGAACCUGUUGAGCAGGAAGCAUACGUUGAGCCUGUCAGCUUCUCAUUACCCCGUGGCCCAACAUACGGUACCGAAUCCUCGCGAGCAUCUUCGACAAUUAGCCACAGAGGCUCAAUUUCGGACAUGUCCGAGGCUUGGACGGAAGGUACGAACACGUCCACCAACGAUGGGGCCGUGGAAGAGUCAGAGACACCCAGAAUGCUCAGUGGGAGCACGUCCGACUUAACCAAGCAUGAACCGCUACCCGAACCGGCAAUGUCAAAAGCUGGAUCAACUACGUCGGAAUCGAAGCGAAUGUCGAGCUCGUCGCUAUACUCGUUACAAUCCGCGAGAGCAGGUGGUAUAGCGCCCAGUUCCAAUUCCUCUUCAGGAGAUGCCAUCCCGAGGUUGAACCCUGGGAAUAUUUCGGGGACCAGAAGUCUCGGUGUCUCACCGGAUGCCGCAACCCCGAUUGUCUCGGUGACAAGUCCGUCUGUCACGCUGCCUACCGCACAAGGCGCAGUGAACCCCCAACAGGCCGCCACCAAGGGUGGUGCUUCACCAGGCGACGCCCCUAAGCGCUCCAGACAAGAAGGCACUUCAAGAGCGAGCAUCCCACGGUCUAGAAGCCGUGUCAAGCGCCGCUUCAGUGUAAGCACUGGCGCAAGCAGCCACAGCCCGAGUAGCGAGCGAGGAAUACACCAGGCGAAAGAGAAGGAGGAGCCAAAGCCGGCACCAUAUGGCAUAAUCGGGGUGUGUGCAUUGGAUAUCAAGGCACGGAGUAAGCCGAGCAGGAAUAUCCUUAACAAGCUAAUUGCAAAGGGGGAGUUUUCAGUUGUCGUUUUUGGAGACAAGGUCAUCCUGGAUGAAGACAUUGAGAACUGGCCAGUCUGCGACUACCUGAUAUCCUUCUAUUCCGAAGGCUUCCCGCUUGCCAAAGCGAUUGCCUAUGUCAAGGCCAGGAAGCCUUUCUGCGUCAACGAUGUCCCGAUGCAGCAGAUCCUGUGGGAUCGCCGUAUAUGUCUACGUAUUCUCGACAAGAUCAAUGUUCCGAGUCCGAGUCGUGUCGAAGUCAAUCGAGAUGGAGGACCAAGAGUCAUGAGCCAAGACCUGGCUCGGCACCUCAAGGAGACCUCUGGGGUUAUUGUGCAGGGGCCGGAAGAUGGCGAUAAGUUAUUAACGCCUCCUCCCCGAAAGGUGGAGCUCUUGGAUGACGGCGAUACACUAAGCGUAGACGGAGUACUUUUACGGAAGCCUUUCGUUGAAAAACCAGUCAGCGGAGAAGAUCACAACAUAUGCAUCUAUUAUCCGAAAAGCCAAGGUGGUGGUGCCCGCAAGCUCUUCCGCAAGAUUGGCAACAAAAGUUCCGAGCACAUAGAUUGUCUUACUAUACCACGCGCCAUCCUCGAAGAAGGCUCUAGUUACGUAUAUGAAAAGUUCAUGAGGGUCGACAAUGCAGAGGAUGUCAAGGCAUACACUGUUGGGACAGGUUUCUGUCACGCCGAGACUAGGAAAUCUCCCGUCGUUGAUGGUCUCGUGAGGCGCAACACUCAUGGCAAGGAAAUUCGCUACGUCACCAGUUUGACAAAGGAUGAGUCCGCAAUGGCAGCCCGUAUUUCUACCAGCUUCGGACAGAGGGUCUGUGGGUUCGACCUUUUACGCGCCGAUGGGAAGAGUUAUGUCAUCGAUGUGAAUGGUUGGAGUUUUGUGAAAGACAAUGACGCAUACUACGACCAGUGCUCUAGCAUCUUGAGAAAUAUGUUCAUUCAGGAGAGGGAAAGACGACAAGCUAAGGCAGCUGAUCAGUUCCGUGCAGCCGAGCAGGCAAAGAUUUCGGAAAGCGUCGCCCCAUCAGCUGAAGCGUCGGAAUCAGAGGUGCCCCCGCGAACUCGCAGGGAGAGCUCGUUGAAAGAAAAUCACCGAUCUACUCUACAAUCUAUCCUCGGCAGAUCCCCAAGUAUUUCGAAACUUGCGCACUUACAUCAUAACCAUAGCCCACAUGGAAAGUCAUCGGAGCAGAGGUCGACCUCACCUGAUAGGUCUGUCCCGACUAUGCCACUAAGCACGGCCUCGUCGAUGGAGAAGCCUGUGUCCAGCAUGGUGCCUUCCCUACCACAUGUUUCGUCUCGCGCGUCGAUUUCAGGGCCUGUAUCAGCUGCUACAUCAGUGCGGACCUCGCCGAUCCUCGAAACAGACCCAGAGGAAGAAGAAGAUAAGGAGCUUCCUCCGCCCGCACCAAAGCAUGCCUGGAAGCUUAAGGGGAUGGUUUCUGUCAUUCGCCACGCUGAUCGUACUCCGAAGCAGAAAUACAAGUAUACAUUUCACACAAAGCCUUUCAUAGAGCUGUUAAAGGGCCAUCAGGAAGAGGUCCUCUUGACGGGUGAGGCUGCGCUUGAUAGCGUUCUUGACGCUGUCGAUGUGGCUUUACGCGAGGGGAUCGAGGACAAGACCAAGCUGAAAGCCCUACGAAACGUGCUUGUGAGGAAGGGUGGAUGGGUCGGGACGAAGGUUCAGAUCAAGCCCAUGUUCAGGAAACGCAAGGUGGAAGAUUCACCUAAGCAGACUUUUGCCACGAUCGCAGUUGACGUCUCGAAGGUUAUCCCUUCGGUUCCAACCACGCCUGGGGCAACAGACGACUCCCAUGACCCAGAGGAAAGACCAUUAAAGCGAGAAGACUCCCUCACGGGCGUCACGUUAUCCCGUAUCACAGCCGCGGAAGAAAGUCUUGUCCUCGACAAGCUCCAACUGAUCGUAAAGUGGGGCGGUGAGCCGACGCACUCUGCGCGAUACCAGGCACAGGAGCUCGGUGAGAAUAUGCGCAAUGAUCUUUACCUGAUGAAUAAGGAAGUUCUCGACGAGGUUCACGUCUUCAGCAGCUCUGAGAGACGCGUUACUACGAGCGCGCAGAUCUUUUCAGCUUCGUUCUUGGAUAAGAAGGAUCUUGCCAGCGAUUUCAUUACUAUCCGGAAAGAUCUUCUGGACGACUCGAAUGCUGCAAAGGAUGAGAUGGACAAGGUGAAAAAGAAGCUUAAGGUCCUUCUCAGAGAAGGACAGGGGCCGCCUCCGCAGUUCGCGUGGCCUGCCAAUCUUCCCGAGCCAUCUAUUGUCCAGCGCCAGGUCAUCCAGUUGAUGAACUUCCAUCGUAAGGUCAUGCGACAUAAUUACCAGAAGCUCUACGGCGGCGCCGUGACAUCUCUGAACAACAUCGUCAACCCCGGCGACAAAGCUACUAGUGAGUCCCCACAGGUGGGCGCGAUGGGACAGGCCACGGCAAUCAACAACAUCCAAGCGCGCUGGUGCUGCGGCGAAGAUGCCGAGCUCUUCCGCGAGCGCUGGGAGAAGCUGUUCAUCGAGUUCUGCGACGCGGAAAAGGUCGACCCGAGCAAGAUCUCGGAGCUCUACGACACGAUGAAGUUCGAUGCGCUGCACAACCGCCAGUUCCUCGAGUGGGUGUUCACGCCGAGCAAGUCGAUGCUCGAGGAGGAGGACUCGGCUGUUGUGGUUGAGGAUGCGUCGUCGGCGAAGGUGUCGGAGGAUAAGUCUGAUAAGCCGGAGAGGAGCGAUUCGACGACUACGACGGAGAAGUCCGAGUCGAGCAAGUCGGUGUCGCGACGACUGUUUAGGCGCCGCUCUGGGACUAUGAAGAAUGUGGUUGAGGAGACGCCGGAAAGUUAUUUCCAUCUCUUUACCGGAAGCACCAAGACCAAGGCGAAGACGGAUGCCAGAUUUGAGAAGCUUCGAGAGCUAUACAACCUAGCCAAGGUCCUCUUCGACUUCAUCUGCCCCCAAGAAUACGGCAUCACCGACAGCGAAAAGCUCGAAAUCGGCCUUCUAACCUCCCUCCCCCUCCUCAAAGAAAUCGUCGCCGACCUCGAGGAAAUGCAAGCCUCCGACGACGCCAAAUCAUUCAUCUACUUCACCAAGGAAUCGCACAUCUACACCCUCUUCAACUGCAUCCUCGAGGGCGGGAUCCAGACCAAGAUCGCACGCUCCGCUAUCCCGGAGCUCGAUUACUUGUCUCAGAUCUGCUUUGAGCUGUAUGAGUCGGAGACUACGCCUUCGCCGGCUCCGAAGGCGCAGUCGGCGCCUGAACUCGCGACGCCGGGUGAGCUGGCUGCGUUGGCGGAAUUAGCUGCGAAUCCGCCGCCGUCGGCGGCGCUGGAACCGGUACCGGACCCGAUGCCGCAGGAACAGACGUUCGCGUAUUCGAUCCGCAUCACCAUCUCCCCAGGGUGUCACACCUAUGACCCGCUCGAUGUGCAGCUUGAUUCGAAACAUUGCAUUGGAUGCGCGCCGCGGCGCUCGCUGACGCAGCAUAUGGAUUGGAAGGAGGUGAUUGAGACGCUGAGGGCGAAGUUUCAUCAGGUCAGGUUGCCGAAGAGCUUUUUGGCUAUUAAUUUGAGUGAGAGUCAUACGUUUCAUCGGAGGGAGGAGGAGAAGAGUGAGGGUGAGGGGGAGAAGAGUGAGGGGGAGGGGAAGAAGAGCUCGUUGUGUGUUGGUGAGGGGGAGGGAAGGAGGGGGAGGUCUGGGACUGGGGGGGAGAUGAAGGCGGAGAAGGGGGAGGUGAAGGAGAAGACGGGGGGUGGGGAGAAGGAAGAGGGGCCUAAGGGAGAGGAAGUCCCGGGGGGGCCGGAGAAGGUGAAUGUUGUGUUUUAGACGCGUGGGAGGGAUCCUGCAUUGGAUGAUGGCAUGGCGUAGAUGUGGAGUAAACUCGUGGAUAUAUAUGUAGCAUGGAAGGCGUUUUUUUUUGUUGGGGAAAUGAAUAUAUGUAUGACAUUAAAUAGUGUGGAAAUCUCGGGGCUUUAAAUCUCCCGUUUUGAUAAGUGUGAUAAGUGUGA